GUCGUCAGUUUUUCUUCAGUGGCUCCGCGCGUUUCGCAUUUUGUUGUGCGGGCUGCUACUCCGCAGCAGCAGGAAAAACUACACAUACAUACAUACACACACUCACACACUCUCAACUGGAAAAACUUGGCUUUUUCAAUAAAAAUAAAUUCAAUUUUAUUGCUUUUCUCCCGCGCGCUUUUACCACAUACAAAUAUAUACAAAUCGUGCGUCUCUAUAUAACCUACUCGCUGUGUAUGUGUGCGUGUGUAUCAACAUAAUUUUGAUGUGCAAAGCUCUUUAAAUACUACAACAACCAAAUAUAAAAAAAGAAAAAGAGGAAAAAAUCUAAUCAAAACGACACGACGACGAUUAUGUGCUGCCUGUGAUUCUAUUUCGUUUUUAACUGAUAUAUCUAUAUAACAACUACAAGCAUUUGACAAAACAACAAAGAAGAAGAAGAAGCAGACAUUUAAACAUCAACUUUACAACAAAACAACUACUAUCUGAACUAUUCUACUUCUGCAAGCAUAUAAAAGUAUUUUCCUGAAAGCUGCGAUAAAAGAAAAGCGUGCCAAGCAGAGAGCACAACCGCAACGGGCAAAGCCACGUCGAACGACGACGGAAGGCUGAAAACCCCCUUUUCAUCUAUUCCUCCUCCCAAUUCUUGAUCCCCACAUAAAGAGAAACAAGAAUAAAGAUGGAUGACGAUCAACAGUUUUGUUUGCGAUGGAACAACCAUCAGAGCACAUUGAUCAGUGUAUUUGACACGUUGCUGGAAAAUGAGACACUAGUCGAUUGCACGCUCGCCGCUGAGGGUAAAUUUCUCAAGGCCCACAAGGUGGUGUUAUCAGCAUGCAGUCCCUAUUUUGCUACAUUGCUGCAAGAACAGUACGACAAGCAUCCGAUAUUCAUACUCAAGGAUGUCAAAUAUCAGGAACUGCGCGCCAUGAUGGAUUACAUGUAUCGCGGCGAGGUCAAUAUUUCGCAGGAUCAACUCGCUGCGCUCCUCAAGGCCGCUGAAUCGUUGCAGAUCAAGGGAUUGUCCGACAAUCGCAGCGGUGGCAACAGUGGCGCCAGUGGCAACACUGCGGCAGCCGCCCAGGCUGCAGCGCAACAGGCCACCAAAUCGGAUGCACAUCAUCGCGUCAAGCUGAGCGGCACCUAUACGCUGGAGCAGACGAAGCGAUCGCGUGGUGCCAUGGAUGUGUCCGGUGAUGUGUCUGGAUCACGCGAAGGCUCCUCGAGUCCAUCGCGUCGUCGUCGAAAAGUGCGACGCCGCAGCAUGGAAAAUGAUGUGCACGACAACUCGAAUUCGUCAGUGCUGCAAUCAGUCGCCGCCGCCUCCAAUCAGUCAAUCCUCCAACAAACAAGCGCUAGCCUCGCCGCCUCCGCUUUGGUCAGCACUCAAUUGGCCAGCGGUAGCAGCGUUGGUGCCGCCGCCGCAGCAACAAAUGCCAGUGGCAGCAGCAGCAUCCAAGUAUCGACCCAGCCAUUGACCAGCAGCAGCAGUAACGUUACCAAAAAGACUGAAAGCGCUAAACUAACAUCGACAGCUGCCCAGGGCGCCCAACAACAGCAGCAGCAACAACAAACAACCACAAGCGAUGCCAUUAACACCGACAAUGUACAACAACAACAACAGCAACAACAGAAUGAAAGCACCCAAGGCGAAGCCGAUGAAAUGGAUGUGGCAAGUGGUGGUGCUGGUGUUGCAAGUGGCGCCGUUGCCGUUCAUCCAGGUGUCGUUAAGCAAUUGGCCACUCUAGACAAGUCGAAUCAUAAACAAAAGAUCAAAGAUAAUAGCAUAACAACAACCGCAACAACUGAAAUGGUAAUUGAGCCCAAGGCCGAAUACGAUGAGGAUGCGCACGAUGAGAACGUUGAGGAUUUGACUUUGGAUGAGGAAGAUAUGACAAUGGAAGAGCUGGAUCAAGCGGCUGGCACCAGUCAGGGUGGCGAUGGAUCUAGUCAAGCAUAUGCAACAUGGCAACACGACAGAUCUCAGGAUGAACUUGGACUAAUGGCCGCACAGGAUGCACAGCAACGGGAUCCACAAGCGCCCAGCAGCUACGCCUCGAACUCCAGCCAAACGCCUCCACCAUCGAGUACGGCGGCGCACUCAUUGAUCCGUGAUUAUUGGUAUGAGCUGAAAUUUUCGGAUUUAUUCAAAUUCAUAAAUCCAGAUGGACGCUACCAAUGCCCUAGAUUCAAUUGCCUGAAGAGCUACAAGGAUGCCAGCUCAUUGCAACGACAUAUCAGAUAUGAAUGUGGUGGACAGAAAAAAAUUUCGCUGUCUGAUGUGCGGCAAAGCAUUUUCACAAAGCUCCCACCUAAAGCGGCACCUUGAGUCCGGUGUCUGUGUCAAAUAUUACUUAUGAGAUAAUGUUUUCUUUAAAAUCAAAUAGAAUAAGCGUUAUCCGCAUAGGCAAAGUGCAACAUUUUGUUGAGCAAAACCAAAAAAACAAAACAAAACAAAAAACAGCAACAACAGCAGAACAGAACAACAAACCCCAAAAAAAAAUAAUAACAACAAAUAUUCAAAACAUAUUUAACAAAUUGUAACAAUAACAACAAACAACAACAACAGAACAAAAAACAGCAAUGGAAAUUAUAGUAAAUGAUUAAAAAAAAAACAAAAACAAAACAUAUACAUAUAUACAGCUAUAGAAAUAUAUAUACUACCAUAUAGAUGAGAGACAAAGUAGCUAAACCAAGAACAAUUACAAAUAACAACAACAAAACGAAUUUAUUGGAUGCCACAUCAUUUAUAACAAAAAAAAAAAAACAAAAACAAAAACAAAAAAUAACAAAAAACAAAACCCAUAUAUAUACACAUAUAUAUAUAUAGAUAUAUAACUAGUAUAUACAUAUUAUGAUAUAUAAUAUUGUAUGAACCAGAACAAGUUGAGAAUUAUUGUUGACAACUGAGCAUUACAAGCAGAAUUAGUUAAUGAAACAAAAUGCGAGAAACAUGAAAGCGUAGCUAUUAUAAAAUAUUUAACAAGCUAGACAAACAAAACCAGAUAUAUAUAGAUCUAUAUAUAUAUAUACAUACAUAUACAUCUAUAUUAUACAUAUAUACAUAUGUAUAGCUGCAGUCAGUGCAACACGUUUUAUAGAAUUUUAGUAAAAUUACAACAACAACAAGAACAAAAACAACAUACAAAAAAACCAAUGAAAAAAAUGUAAAAAAAAAAAAAAAAAUGAAAUGUGAAAGUUAGAAAAGUGAGCUAGUAAAAAUUACUAACGAGAUGAGGCACAUGCAACGACGGAUGAGGUCGGGGGGGAAGGAGAGGCAAGGAAGCUAAGAGCAACAACAUUUUAGUCAAACUAACCAAAACUACGUAAUUUUAGUCAAAGUGCAAAAACAAAGCAAGAGCAACUUAGUGAAAUUAACAAAGAAAUACGAUAAACAAAGUAAAUAAUAUGUAAUUAUAAAAAAAAAAACCAGAACUAAUAAUAAUAAUAAAUAUAAUAAUAAUAUAUUGAGGAGAAGAUGUGUGUGAAGCGCAGAGAACAGAGAGAAACAUAUAAUGCAAAAAAAGAAAAACAAAAACAACGUACUGUGUUUAUUUGUUGCCAAAUAUAUAUCUAUAUAUAUUUCUAAUAUAUUAUUGCAAAAACAGAACAACAACAACAAUAACAAUGAACAUCAAUUAUCAAUUAUUACCGAACAAGAAGAAGCUAAAAGCCAACAAAAAACUAAACUAAAUAGAACUAAACCAAUUAAACAGAAUAACAAAAACAAAAACAAAACAUCAUAUAUGUAUGUUAUGUUAAAUGCAUAUAAAUACUAUAUAUUAUCGUUAUAUACAGUUAUACAUAUACAUAUAUGUUGCAUACACACACACACACACACCUACACAUACAUAUGUCGAAUGUGAAUGUUUGUUAUAAAACAAAGUAAAACAAAAACGUUGAAAGAUUGAUAGAACUUCGGCUAGCCGAAUAUUUAAUACUCUUUGCAAAGCAUUUUCAAAACAAAUACUCAAUUAAAAAGAGCAUGCAAAGGGUAUUCAAUUGUUGUUAUAUAAUAUUAUUACACAGAGAAAUAAUGCAGCUAGAAAAAGUGAAAGUGAAAGUGAGAGAUUUUUUAGUUAGAAUAAAAACGCAAAGAGGCCAAACGAUUUGUUGGUUCAAAGAACAAAAGUUUAUACACAUCAACACACACACACACACACACACACAUACACAGAAAACUACACUCAUCUAUUAUAAUAUUAUAAUAUGCUAUGUUAGCAAAAUUUGUUGUCUGUUGUUGCAAAAAAAAAGAAAUCAAGCGUCAUUGUUAUUACAAAAAAAUGUUUUUUGUAACUUGAUUGUGUGUGUGUGUAUCUCCAAGGAGGGAGGGAGGGGCAGCAUUGAAUAUGUGUGCAGAACAUGUGUGCCAUUACGUAACUGGAAACAACUCCGCCAAACAACAAAACAAAACAAAAAAGAAAAAGAAAUUAAUAUUAAUAAUAUUGUAGAAAUUCAACUCAGCAUUAACCAAAUGAAAUAACAAAAUUCAAUGCUGCCCAAAAAAAAAAUCAUCUUUCAAAGAGAAAUAAGUUCUACACACACUGAGAGAAAUGAUAUACUCACUGUUUUUUGUUCAGACAGAGUUUUAAUUUUCGAUUGGUUUAAACUUGAGAGUUGCUUAACUUAAUUGUACAACAAUAGGAACAGAGCAACAGCAACACAAACCGAGAAACCGAGAAACAGAAACCGAAACAUAGUUAAAAAUGCUAAGAGUGCCAUUAAACCAAUUUAAAUGUAAUAAAUUAUUGAAAUUAUACAUAUUAAUAUAUACAUAUAUGAAAAAUAUAUAUAUAAAAUAUAUAUAAACAAUUGGAUAUAUAAUAAUAAUGAUGAAGGAAAAAACAAAACAAAACCAAUAUAGAAAUAUAUAUAUAACAACUAAGGCAGGCAGUUAAAGUGCAACUAAAAACACUUAUAUAUACAAGUUAUGCAUAUAUAUAUAUAUUUUUAGUAUAUAUAUAUAUGCGCAUUAGUUAGGUCCAAACAUUAUUAACAAAAAAAAAAAAAAAAGAAGAAACACACAGAUUAAUUAAUUGUUUUCUUUUGAUUGUUUUUUGUUUUCUAUUAAUAUACAUCAUUAAUUAUUAUUUUUUUUUUCGUUUGCUUGUUGCAUGUUAAUAAAUUAUGUUAUAUUGUUGUAGUCAAAUACAUAGUUGAAAAGUACAAUAAAUGAAAAUUAACAAAUAAUAUAUGAAAAUGAUAUUUAAGAGCACUGAUGUGGCAAGCAAUGCGGCAGGCAAUGCGGCAAGCAAUGCAAAAAGCGUAGCUUUGAGGCGAGCUGCAGCAUUAGUUUAAACAUUUAAACAAGAAAAAACAAUAGCAUGAAGUACAGUUGAAACUCGAAUUGAAAUUAGACAAGUUAUACUUAGAAAAUGAAGUACUAAAAUAUAUUAAUAUAAAAUAAAGUAAAGAAUAAAAGUGCAAAAAAAAGCCAUUGCAAAUUUUCAUGACAUUAACAAUUGAUUUCUGUCAAUUUGUUUGUUAAUUUGCCACAUUCAAAUUAGCUCACAGAAAUUGCAUUAACAAUUUGUCUUGCGUGUUCAAUUUGUGUCAAUUGAAAAAGUACCAAAAAAAUACAAAAAAAAAAGAAAUAUAAAACGUAAUUAAUGUUAAAAGAAAAAAAAAAAUGAGAAAAAAAUUAAUCGUGGACCGCAAGACAAAUUGUCAAUAAUUCGUUGGCUAAUAAGAUUAGUUAAAAAUGUAUAUGAAGGAAAUAAAUAAAUAUAUAUAUUUAUUUAGCUUAUACUAAAUAAUUUGUUAAACUAAUUAACUAAGGUUUAUGUUUGCGCGUUCAUUGAAGUAGCUAAAUUAUUAUUAUUAAUUUUUCAUUGUUUGUUGCGCUGUUAAAGCUUAGACUAAUUUUUUUCGAAAGCCAGAGUUAAAAAAUUAUGAAAGAAUGAAGAGGAAGGAAACAUUAAAUGUUUUUUAUUUUAAUUUUUGUUGCUUUGUUUUUAAUACACACACACACACACACCUACACACACAACCACAUUUAUACUGAUAUAAAUUCUCUUUGAUUUUUGUUCAUUAAUUUAAUAAUUAAGUUUUAACUUGUUAUUGUUAAUUAAUAUUUAUAAAAGUUAGUUUAAAAACUAAACAAAAAAAAAUGAAAAUGAAAAUGAAAAAUGUUAGCCUAAAGCAUAAGUUACAAAAUAUACUCCAAAGAAACCAACCAAAAAAUAUAUAUACAACAAAAAACACAUACAUAUAUAUACACAUACAUAUAUACAAGGACAUAUAUACAUACAUAAAAAAGAAAGAAAGAAUAAAAGUAAAAGUAAAAACAAGAAAAAGAAUAUGAAAAAUGAACAAACCCCAGAACAAGUUUUAGUAAAAGUGUAUUUGGAACAAAAUUGCCAUAUAAUGAAUAUUAUACAUACAUACAUACGUAUAUAUAUAUUAUUAUAUAUAUAUAUAUAGUCAAAACCAAAUGAGCAGACAUAUAAAACAAUAAUUAAACAGAACAAAAACAAAACAAAAUGUAAUUGUAACAAACGAAUGUUGUUUAUUUUUUGUAGCAUAAUAUUAAAAAUAAAAAAAAACAAGAAAAUUAAAAAGUGUUUAUAUAUAAUAUAUAUAUAUAUAUAUAUACAAUACAUAUACAUAUAUUUAUUGUUAAAAAAAAAAACAAAUAAAACCAAGGAAAAGGCGAAAAACAUUAUGAAACAAAUUUAUAUGAAGCAAAAAAAAAAAAAGAAAAGCAAACGCAACUUACAUUGACGAAGCUGA